AUAUAGAUACCACGUCUUGCACCCCUUCCCACCCUACACCAACCAGCAGAAAACCACACAUUUCCAAUUGCAUCGCCACAAGCACAAGCACCCUCGCCCAACAUGUCUGCAUACACAAACGGAACCACACACGAGUCGGAGCGGAUAGCGCACACGGAAGAGAAGCACCUGCCGGGCGGCUGGGUGGUGCUCAAGUUCGGGGGUACGAGUGUGGGCAAGUUCGCGGAGAACAUAGCGGGCAUCGUCGAAGCUGGCCUUGAGACGAAUCGCGCGGCUAUAGUCUGCUCCGCACGCAGCUCCAACACGAAGCUCGAAGGAACCACCAACCGCCUCCUCCGCGCCGCUCGCGCUGCCGAACAACCCAACCACCGCGGUUACGACGACAUUGUCGAGGCCAUCCGCACCGACCACAUCCAGGCCGGCAGGGACAUUCUGAAGAACCCCGAGAUCCUGGCUGCUUACAUCGACGACGUGAAUGCCGAGUGCGAGAGUCUGGUCAAGAUCCUCGAGUCGGCCCAGCACCUGGAGGAGGUGACGAACCGCGCCGAGGACAAGAUCAUCAGCAAAGGCGAGAAGCUGAGCUGUCGGUACAUGACUGCUAUCCUGAACGAUCGCGGCACGCCGGCGCAGUUCGUCGACCUGAGCGAUGUGGUCAAGUUCAAUGCGCCUGUCAAGGGCGGUCUGUACGACAUGUUCUACAAGGACCUGGCCGAGGAUCUGGGCAAGGAAGUAGCAGCAUGCGGCGACAAAGUCCCCGUCAUCACCGGCUACUUUGGCAACGUGCCCGGCGGACUGCUCAACUCCAUUGGCCGUGGUUACACCGAUCUCUGUGCUGCUCUGGUCGCUGUUGGUACCCGGGCCAAGGAGCUCCAGGUCUGGAAGGAGGUCGAUGGCAUCUUUACUGCGGACCCACGCAAGGUCCCUACUGCCGCUCUGCUUCCCACCGUCACGCCCUCCGAGGCUGCUGAGCUGACCUUCUACGGCUCCGAGGUUAUCCAUCCCUUCACCAUGGAGCAGGUAAUCCGCGCCCGCAUCCCCAUCCGCAUCAAAAAUGUUAUGAACCCUCGCAAUGCCGGCACUGUCAUCUUCCCCGACAACCCCGGUUCCAUUGACGACCGCGCGCCUCUCCGCGACGGAAAGCUCUUCCGUACAAGGUCUGCCAGCCUGCUUACGCAGCUCGAGGGCCCAAAGAGGCCUACGGCUGUUACUAUCAAGCAUAAUAUCGUCGUCUUGAACGUCCACAGUAACAAGCGUACGCGCGCUCAUGGAUUCCUGAUGAACAUCUUCAGUAUUCUUGACCGCUGGCAUUUGUCAGUCGACCUCAUCUCUUCCUCUGAGGUUCAUGUAUCCAUGGCGCUGCACUCUGAAUCUGCGCUGUUGAGUGGUGGCGGUGAGGACGAGUACAAGAUCCAGAGCAAGGAUCUUCAGGGCGCUGUCAACGACCUUGGACAGCUCGGUACGAUUGACAUCGUGCCUGAUAUGGCUAUCGUGAGCUUGGUGGGUAAACAGCUCAAGAACAUGAUUGGUAUCUCUGGCAGAUUCUUCAGCGUGUUGGGCCAAAACAAUAUCAACAUCGAGAUGAUUUCGCAGGGUGCUAGCGAGAUCAACAUCUCCUGUGUCAUUGAAGAGCGCGAAGCCGACCGUGCUCUCAAUGUUGUACAUACAAAUCUUUUUACCUUCUUAGACUAGAUGUCGCAUCCGCAUGAGCGGAGUUUAAAAGGUUGAUACCACCUAGAUAACCUUUCUGGGUCAAUUAUAUAUUUUCAUGUCCG